CCCAGUUCGAACGCAUCGACGCGAUAGGCGCCAGUCUCUCAGCAUACUAGUCCAAUAAUUCAUCAGAUUUACAAGAGAGAACGUGAUAUUUUAUUCUUUUUCUAUCAAUCACGCUAUCAUUUGCCAGCGUUCAGCCCCCACAGUUGCUACCAGCUCAUUCUAAUGUUCGGUUUAUCGAUUGCAAAACUAUGGCCAUGGUUACUUAUUUGCAACUGCUUUGGAUCAUUAAUAAAAUACAUCGAAGAGUAUGAUCCGAUAAGGGUUGUCCGGUGUGAUGCAAAGUGUGAUGGAUAUUCGCCAAUAGAAGAGUGUAUAGACCUCUGCAUAUCAACGAAUUACACCAAGCCAGGAAAUUGUCCCGAAAGAAAUUCCAUGUCACCUUUCGAAGCUGCUUGUUUAAUUGCGUGCUCCAACGACUCGGAAUGUCCAGACUUGGCCAAGUGUUGUUCCAAUGAUUGUGGAGUCACGUGUAUGCAUCCCACAGGUUUGGGAAAACGCGAAGAUCUACCUUCGAUACCAGAUACCAUUGAGAUACGUCGCGAAAAAAGCAAUAAAAUCACUCUUAAUUGGACCACAAAAAAGAAGGACUCUCUAGAAAAUGAUCUGUUUAAUACACCGGUUCGAUAUUUAAUAGAAGAAAGACAUGUUUUAGGGCCAAGAUAUCUUGAUUCUCGAUUAACUCCGUGGUCAGUUCUCAAUGUCUCUAGUAAAUCUCAUCUUUCUACAUACACCGAACUAAAAAAAGGACACUGGUAUCAAUUUCGAGUAGCUGCUGUGAAUGAAAAUGGAUCCCGAGGGUAUUCAAAUCCAUCGAUACCCUUCAAAACAUCAGAACCAAAGAAUCCACGAGAACCCCGGAACCUGUCUUUAAGCGGAGCACGCGUCCAACCAGCGGAUGGGAAGCUGAGGAUUCUUCUUCGUUGGAAACAGCCGUCUUCUGACAUUCCGAUCAUGUUUUACAAGUUGUUCUGGAGUCAAUUGAUACGUGGACCUACCAACGAGUCGAUUCUUAUUUAUCAUCGAAGUAUUUCUAAAGAUAAAAGUUGUUUCGAAAUAAAAAAUUUGGAGAUCGGUGUACAAUACUUUCUGCAAGUUCAGGCAGUUUCAGUUUACGGAGGUCGUCAUUUAGCUUCCCGCAAGGCGUCCAAGGUCUUCAACAGCACGGAUUACCCGAAAUACGCUGAUGUAGAGGGACGCUUUAGCAGAUGUGAAAGACAUCAUGUUGGCUUACGAGUACGCAGAUUAAUUUGUCAAUGCGGGGAGGACAUUGAGGCACGUCUAGUGUGGCCCGGAGACCCAGAGGCAACGAGUUACAAUAUUAGUUGGAAAAAAGAAUCAUGCGGGAUUACGAAAAAUUCUAAAAUCAUUCAUAAUUUAAUAUCAGCAGUAUCAUCAUCACAAAUUAUACAGAAGACUAGAUUCGACAUAAAAGGAUUGGACAAAAAUUGUACAUAUACUGUAAAUGUUCGGAGUAUUAAUGGUAUUAAUAAAAAAGAAAAUGAAAAUGAUUUGGAACGUAGUGAAAAUUGGGAAACUGAAGAACGAAAUUUAGCAGUGGAAUUUGUGACAAAUGGAUGUCAACGUCGUCAAAAUCGUGGUAGUGAUCGGUUAGGAGAUUAUAAAACAGCAAAGUGUAAAAAAAGGAAGGCCAGAAUCAAGAAAAUUUAUAAUAAUAAAUUUCUAUAAAAUGCUUUGUCACGUAAAUUUUUACUUAUUAUCAAAGACAAUAAAUAAAAGUAUU